AGUAAGGAAGAUGUACGACUCAAAGCCAAAGGCACACACCAUAACGGUUAACGAUUCUAAGGAUACGGCUUUGCACGUGGCCGUGGAUUUGGACGAAGGAGAAGUUGUUAAAGAUCUUGUGUAUGAAAUCAUGGCGCAUAACACUGGUGCUCUGGAGAAAGGGAAUGAGCACGGCGACACGCCUCUCCAUGUGGCGGCGUCAAGGGGGUUUGCGAAACUGUGCAAGUGCAUCAUAGCGGAGAGGAUAGAAUUGAGGACAUUGAAGAACAAGAAAGGGGAGACACCAUUGUUUCUUGCUGCUCUUAAUUGGCACAAGGAAGCCUUCGCUUACCUCUAUGAUACCGAUAAGAGCCGCCCCAUCACUUUUCCGGAGCUUGUCCGCGACCAUGACGGAGAUAGCAUUCUCCACUGUGCUAUUAGGAGGGAGCAUUUUGAUUUAGCAGUCAUAAUAGUGCAUUGUUUUCCUGUACUUGCUACACUCCGCAACAAGAAAGGACUCACCCCUUUAAAAAUCUUUGCUACUAGGCCAUUGGCCUUUCGAAGUGGAAUCAAAUUUUCAUGGUGGAAAUUAAUCCUUUAUCACUGUAUACUUGUAGAACCAUUGGAUGUCAAAAGUAAAAUGAAAAAGUAUUUGGAAAAGAUGAACAAAACUGAACCCGAAGAAUUGCUUCCAGAGAAUUACACCACAUUAUACAAAUCCUCAAAAUCACUAAUUUCUGUUGUUGGAAAACUUUUUUUUACUUGGGGAAGUGAUGACAAGGUCGAUGAAGAAAACCCAUCAAAGGACAAGGUCGAUGAAGAAAACCCAUCAAAGAGAUCUGAAAAAUAUGAUGGAUUCUUUCCACCAAACUAUGCUGUGAUUUGCCAAUCUAUCAAAACUGCAUACGUGUAUUCUGUUGGUGUUUCUGGACAAGUGUUAAAUAAGGUAAGGAAGACAAAGAAGAAUCACCAAUGGAGUAAUCAACUGUUGAAGGCACUCAUGAAAAACGCUUAUGAGGCAUUCACUGGAACUGGCGGUAUACCAUCUGAUGAUGAUUGGAAAGAUGACUUCGAGAAAAUAAAUGAUGUUUUUACACAAGGGCAGAACCCGCCGGAAGAGAUGGCUUCCGAUAAUGAAAAGGACUCGUCAUCAAAGAAGAAAACCGAAGCCCAUGAACAUGAUGAUGAUGAUGACGACGAUGAGCAGGAGAAAAUGACACCGUUCUUAGUGGCAGCAAAGUAUGGCAUAGUUGAAUUGGUGGAAGAGAUUCAGUCCAGGAUACCAAGUGCCAUCUACAACACCAACUCAAAGAAGCAAAACGUGUUGCUGGUGGCAGUGAUAAAUAGGCAACCCCUUGUUAUUGAGAAAUUGAGGAAGAUAAUAUGGCCUUUGAAACCAAACAUUUGGAAGAACAUGGUGGGAGCGACAGAUGAUGAGGAGAACACAAUGUUGCACUUGGCAGCAGCUGCUUUAGAAGUGAACUCUUGGACCAUAGCUAACUCGACCUUGCAAAUGAUGUGGGAUACGAAAUGGCAUGAGUAUAUUAGGGGCAUAAUGCCUGAGGAGAACUACUUGAGAAUCAAUCACCACAGGAAAACAGCAAAGCAAAUCUUCAUCGAAUCACACAGAGAUCUUAUUAAGAAUAGUAUCACAGAGCUGAAGGAGACAUCAGUAGCUUGUAGUGCUGUGGCUGGUAUCAUUGCCAGUGUUGCCUUUGCUUCCACCAGCAGCACCAGCGGCGGCGGUGGUAACGGUAGCGACAACAAAGGACUGGAAGUAGGCAAAGUCGAGUCCGAUACACUGGCCGUUGCUUCUCUUGUUGGGCUUUGCUUGUCCGUAUCUUCAAUCAUAAUGUUCCUUUCUCUUUACAAUUCUCGAAAACUAGCCGACGAUUUUCGGAGAUCCUUGCCACUGAAACUUCUUCUGGGUUUGAUUUUCCUCUUCCUCUCAGUUGCAGCAAUGAUUAUUUCCUUCAGCUCCGGCCAAUACUCUCUCCUUAGUCGCCAUGGUCGCUCCUUCUUGAUUCCGCUUUAUGCAGCAACUUCCUUUCCUGUUUGUUUAUUUGUCCUCGUCCAGAUUCCACGUUGCUUUGAUAUUCUCAAAACUAUUAUAUCUUCUCAACUUCCCUAACUUCUUGCUUCAUAAUACUAAUCAUACCAUA